AUGGACACGCAGUGCGACGAGCUCACGGAUGGUUACGCGCACCUCACCGAAGAAACCACCCAGGAGCACCCGAGCGUUGUCCACGCGCGCUCGGAGAUUCAUCACUUUCUGCAGAAAUCGUCAUCGCACUGGCAGAGAUUGGAUCGGCUGUCGUCACACAUCGACGCCCUCAUGAAACAAUGUCAAACCUGCACGUUCGCUCAACUGCGACUCAUCUUAUGGAACUUCGAAGUGACGGUGUUUGCGUUAAAAUUUCUCGACUCCAAAUCUUGGCGGACACACCGGGAGAAUUGGCGCGCAAAUCUUUGCGCCACGAGAACGCCCGCACAGCUGGUAACCUCGGCGUACAUCCUUUUAUCAAAUUUACCGAUACUCUAA